GUUACAGCCCUAAAUCGCAUGCUGGCUGAAGUCGCUGUCCUCGCUGUCGAUGGCCACGUCCUUCCUGAGCCUUUUAAGGGGGCUAUUAGAGCACAAGAUGUGCACGAGUCGUUCUGUGAAGACUUCGAUAUCUCCGAUUGCUUUCAGCCAUUAGACGUUGUGAGGGCAGAAGUUCUGUCUGUUGACGGUCGGGUGUAUCUGCUGGGUACAGCCAGAGAAGACUUCGGGGUUUUGUGCGCCGAUAGCAAAGGCGGGGGCUGCCUGCAGCCUGUCUCUGCUUCAUUCAUGCGAUGCAGCCUUACAGGGCUUCUAGAAAGAAGGAAAGUGGCCAGGCCCCCUGGGGUCUAG